CUUUCGUCCCUUUCCGGAUACCUUCGUAUAUCACGUGACGCUCCGACGACUUUCCCGGUGGAAGGGCUAGCGGUUGUUAAGCUAGGCAUCAGCUAGCCCUUAUAUCCUUUUUUGUACUUUAAGUAUCCAGCCAUGGAAAUCGGGGCAGAGAUCAGCAAGAAAAUAAGAGCUGCUAUCAAAGGCAAGCUCCAAGAACUUGGUGCAUAUAUUGACGAGGAGCUUCCUGAUUACAUUAUGGUCAUGGUAGCCAACAAGAAAACCUCCCAGCAGAUGGCUGACGAUCUCUCGCUUUUUCUGGGAAACAACACCAUCAAGUUCACAGCUUGGCUGCACGGUGUAUUGGAGAAACUAAGAACAGUUGCAGUGGAACCUGCCUCUGUCAGGCUCGAGCAUCAGUUAAGCACCGCAACCUCAAAGACUGAAGAGUCUUGCUCUGAUCGCAUAGAAUCACGCAGCGCUGCCCAUGAAAACAGGAGGGGGUCCACAGAGAAGGCUUCCUCCCGGCUGACAUCGGCCGUCAAACCUCUAAUGGAGCUCCUCCCAUCCGACGCGGUCAUCGACAUCAAACCGGAGCUGGAUGAUGAUUUCAUCGGAGAGGAUGCUGUAGUAAUGGCUGCCAGCGUUCGAGGAGGAGUACCUCGUCGCACGGCUAGCCGGCCAAUGGCAGAAAUCUACAGGCCAGGUCAGAGCAAGCUGAGCUUGGCGUUGCGGUCCGCUGAAGGAAGACACCAGGAGAGCAGGAGCAGUAGAACCUCUAGAAGCAGCUCAAACAAGGAGGAGUUGUCACGGAAGCGUAAGGCGCCAGUUGCGAGUUCGGUGGUUCGCGUGAGCCGCGACACAGAUGAGGAGAGCGACAAUAUCGAGGAAGAAGAAGAAGAGGAUGAGAUGAGCUAUGGAGGACGAGGCGUGUCCAGUAGAGUGUUGCUGCCUUCCAAACCAGAGCACAAACCGUCCCUCCCACCAGCCAUGCAAGCCAACAGGAACUUGAUCCUGAAAGCCAUCUCCGAGGCCCAGGACUCCAUCACCAAGACCACAGCCUUCCCCACACUACCACAGAGGCAGACAGUUCCCGUCGCUCCGCGUGCCCGCUUGGCCAGAAGCAGUGAGAUGACGGCAGCCAUUGAGCUGGUGCAGCAGCAACUGCAUAGUGUGGCCUCCUCGGGGCAGUCUUACACAGCUGAAGAGCAGCCGAGCAGACAUCUUGCUCCAGCCAGGUCGGUGGGUUCACAUUCUCAGUCGGACACCUCUCAGCUCCAUGAAGAAGCAGAGAAGAGUGAUGACUCAAGCGGCGAGCCAAAGCAUUUCGAUACGCGCUCCUUCAUCGUGAGUCGACCGCAGUUGGACGAAAGCAGAAGUCAGCAGGAUCGCAAGCUAAGAGAGGAGACGGCCUUGCCACGAACCAUCCAAGCUAGUAAGGAGAAGGAAAACUCCGACAGUCCCAAGUUCAUCGUGACACUAGAGGGCGUUCCGAGCCCGCUGGGGAACUUUGCUGGGGAGUCCGACAUGGAUCUGGAAGAUGUGAGACCGCCUUCAAAGCUCACUAACCGCGAGUCCAAAGUCGGCAUCCUUGACCGACAGCAAGAAGGACCUUCAAUAGGAGACGACCUGAUAGAUGCUGACAUGUUUUACGAUGACUCCGCCCCGUCCAAGAAACAGAAAGUGAUGGAGCGCUGUAAGUUUUGGCCCGUCUGCAAGAGCGGCGACGAGUGUCCCUAUCAUCAUCCGACAAGAAUAUGCAAGACUUUUCCCACGUGCAAAUUUGGGGACAAAUGCCUCUUCAUCCAUCCCAACUGUAAAUACGACGCCAGGUGCAGCAAGCCCGACUGUCCUUUCACUCACGUUAGCCGCAGGGGCGUCUCAGCACCUCCGCCCGCCCGGCCAGUCGCACCACCGACACAAACGGCAAACAUGUGCCGCUUCUUCCCACAGUGCAAGAAGAUGGAUUGUCCCUUUUAUCAUCCUCAGCCCUGUCGCUUCGCGGCCCAGUGUAAGCGAGACGGCUGCACCUUCUUCCACCCAACCGUGUCUGUGCCUCCCAGACAUGCCCUGAAGUGGACCAAGACACAAAGCAGCUAAUGAAGACUGUGAAACAACUGCAGAUGUCCUGCAGCCACGUCAUCAUCAUUUUAUGUAUUAGUUGUUCUGCUCGGCGUGGUCACUGAGUUUUUAAGUGUUUUUGUAAGACGCUUGGCUGUUUGCCAAUGCUGUCACACUAUUAAAACGCAAUGAACACAACC